AUGUCCAAAUUAUACUCCUACGAAGAAAUCGCCGCCCACAACACUACAGAAAGUGCCUGGAUCAUCAUAAAGGAUAAAGUCUACGACGUUACCAAGUUCCUCGAUUCCCAUCCAGGUGGGGACGAGAUCAUCCUUGAACUAGCAGGCCAAGACGCCACUCAAGAUUUCGAAGACAUUGGCCAUUCCAACGACGCCUUGGAAUUCCUAGACGCCUUGCUACUCGGCCCCGUCGAUUUGAAAAGUCCCAAAGCCGUCCCACAACCAGAUGCUAAGAAUGCCAAAAACGAUCCAAAUGCUCUUCAAGGUAAUGGUGCCAUCGUCAUCGUUGCUGCAGUAAUCUUCUUUGCAACUGCAAUCUACAUGUCUCAUUAA